UCUGCUAGGAGAAAAAGACUAGAAGCCUAACAUAGUUUAUGACGAUCUACAUUUUUUAUCAUGAGGCGUCUCUUUAAACUGCUUCAUAGCAACAUGUAACCCAAGGACAUUUAUCCCGGGAUAGUUUCCUCUCGCAUGCUGUACCUUGGUGAAAGCCACGCCAGAGAAAAUGUGUUUGUAACCAGCUGCCACACAGAGGAGAACGCAGGAAAGAGGCUUCCCUUCACAUAUCACAGCAGACAGGAGCCCCGGUCAGAGAGAGACGGCAUACCUGUAAGUUGUAUCAUGAUGUCAGGGACACAGGAAAAAGGAGCUCCAGGUACAGAGGAAAACAUGCCAGAGGUCACUGCAGGAAAUAUCCCCAGCCAUACUCAACAGGUACAAGAUGCAGCGACUGUGGCAACACCGGUGACCUCCAAACAGCCUCGUGUCUCUACAGCAACAGAGGAUGAGGAUGAGAGUGAAGAUGAGUGUGAGAUCCUGGAGGAGAGUCCCUGUGGCCGCUGGCAGAAACGUAGAGAGGAGGUGAAUCAGCGUAAUGUCCCGGGUAUAGAUGCUGCAUACUUGGCCAUGGACACAGAGGAAGGUGUGGAGGUAGUUUGGAAUGAAGUCAUGAUCUCAGAAAGGAAAAACUUCAAACUACUGGAGGAGAAAGUGAAGGCGGUAUUUGAUAAUCUGAUCCAUUUGGAGCAUGCAAAUAUUGUUAAGUUUCAUAAAUACUGGGCUGAUACGAAGGACAACCGGGCCAGGGUGAUUUUCAUCACCGAGUAUAUGUCAUCAGGAAGCUUGAAGCAGUUUCUAAAGAAGACAAAGAAAAAUCACAAAACUAUGAAUGAAAAGGCUUGGAAGAGAUGGUGCACACAGAUCCUCUCUGCUCUCAGUUAUCUCCACUCAUGUGACCCUCCCAUCAUCCAUGGUAAUCUGACCUGUGACACCAUCUUCAUCCAGCACAACGGGCUCAUCAAGAUUGGAUCAGUGGCUCCAGACACCAUCAACAGCCAUGUGAAGACAUGUCAUGAGGAGCAGAAGAAUUUGCACUUCUAUGCUCCAGAAUAUGGAGCUGAUGAUGAUGUGACCACAGCUGUAGACAUCUACUCGUUUGGCAUGUGUGCCUUGGAGAUGGCGCUCCUGGAAAUCCAGGGGAAUGGAGACUCAUCAUAUGUUUCUCAGGAAGCCAUAAACAAUGCCAUCCAAUUACUGGAGGACCCGCUGCAGAGGGAGUUAAUCCAGAAGUGCCUUGAGUGUGAUCCCCAUACGCGGCCUACAGCACGAGAGAUGCUGUUUAAUCAGGCUCUGUUUGAAGUACCUCUGCUAAAACUGCUAGCAGCACAUUGUAUUGUCAGCCACCAACACAUGAUUCCUGAAAAUGCCCUGGAGGAGAUUACAAAGAACCUGGACCCAAACCUGGUCAUUGCUGAGACAAGAGAGGACGUUCAGCUCAAGCUUUCCCAGUUUCCCGCCUUGGAGCUUGAUAAAUUCCUGGAGGAUGUGAGGAAUGGUAUUUAUCCAAUGACAGCAUUUGGGCUGCCCUGUCCACAGCAGCCUCAACCUGAGACUGUUAAGUCUCCUGUUGUCGCCCCCUUGGUCAAAUCACCGACCCCUGAACCUGCAGAACUUGAGACACGACGGGUCAUUCAAAUGCAGUGUAAUGUUGAGCCUGUGGAGGAGGGAGCAAAGUUUCAUUUAACGUUACUACUGAAACUGGAGGAUAAACUGAACAGGCAUCUAAGCUGUGACAUGUUACCUCAUGAAAAUGUUCAAGAGUUGGCUGGAGAGCUGGUGGAGCUGGGCUUAAUCAGUGAGGUGGACCAGAUGAAAGUGUCCUCUGUGCUAGAAGAAACCUUCAGUCAAGCUCUUCAAUAGCAACAUUCCCCACAGCUCUUACCUUCUCCUCAUAAGUACACUCUUUCAGCGCUGUUACAUGUUCCAGUUACUUACUCAGUGUCUUUAUUAAUGUUUUUCUUUCUGUUUUACACUUUUUUAAAGACUUUUUUUGCUAAGCCUUGCAGAGGUAUUGUGACCAAAAGGGUUUUAGUAUUUUCCUGUGUAUUAGCAAUCAGAACUUCCUGAAAGCGCACAAAGAGUAGUGGUAAAGCCACUUUUAGGGUUCAGGUGAGGCUAAUGAAAUCACCUGGAGUGAUUUCACAUUUUUAUUUCAAAAUUAAAAGCAGACAUGUCUGUCUGAUAUUUAUGUGUGGUAUUCUUCUCAGUGAUUUAGCACAUAAGUUGAUGCUGCAAACAACACAUGACCACAGAGGUACUGACAGGGUUACUUUCAGCUUUUUGAUGAAGCCUUUUUUCCCCAAAGGCACCACUAUAUUUAAGCGUGAUGUAUUUUUUUCAUUAUUGUGGUCAUUAUUAUCUCAAAACACGAUGACGUCAGUUACGCCACGUACUAACUCUGUAUUUUAACAGUGGAGUCUACACUUUGUAAGAUCACACAAAUGUAUGGAUUCCUUCCAGAUGAAGGGAUCAAUUUUUACUCAAAGAAAUGUCAAAAAGAAGAAAAUCUGUUCUUCUAGAUCCUCAUGACAUGCUUCUACCUCUUAGAAUUUUUAUUUCAUCUCAAGUGACAAAUGUCCCAGCCCUAUGGCUUUUUGAGGAUUAAUCUGUCAGAUAUCAAACUAAAACCGAGUAGUAAUUUCAAAACCAAAUGGUUGUGUUUUCAUUUUAGUUUAUAUCAACAAAUACCUGUAACAAAACGCUUUCAACAGCCUUAGACACAGAGCAGAAUGUAUGUUAACCAGUGCCAAUCCCUUUUUCACAAGGACACCAAGAAUUUGGGCUUUGAAAGUAUCUCAUAUGAUGACAAACCAAUACAAAUAAAUUAAUAUUUAGAUCUGUUUAACAAAAAAUAUGUAGCCAUACUCUUUUUCUUAACAAGCAGAGGUUGUAAUCUGUUUUUUCUUCUCCUUUCAACCUCAUCAGCUGAGAAGAGGUAUAAAAAUAAGAAAUCAUAUUCAUUCAUAAAUUGACUUCCAUUCAUUUUAGAAAAAGAGAAAAUGUUGAUAAAAUUAAAUUGUAAGCCCAGUAUACAUAUCAUACAAUGAGGUGAGAGUACAGUUCCAUCCCUACAAAGAAAAGAAACCAGGUGACUCAAAGGUACUGUGAACACAGUGUUACUGAAUAUCUGUUACUAUGUUGUUUUGAUAUUGUGCUCCUUUCUUUGCCUGAUUCUUGGCCUUCAUGUCCUCCUCUCUUUGUUUUUUUUAUUAUUUUAUUAAUUCAUGUACAUGAGUUGCUCGUUGGGUUGACACAUGCUUCUCUGCUUUUUAAACUUCUUUUAUUUGAGAAGUGUGUACUGAACUCUGAUGCCAUAUGCUGUAGAAACAGAACUUUGCCUGGCAAAUGUUUUAUUAAAGCUGUUUAUUGCGUGUUGCUAAUCAACUUAUUUCCCCUUCCUUUCCUGAAACCACAUCGUUGAGAGUCUGAGCCAAUACAUAGUUGUUCUUGUUCCUUUUUCUGUAGUUCUCAUUUGAUUGAUAUUUGAUUAAACUGGAUCGGAUUUGGCUGAUGUAGUGCUAUAGAGAUUCUCAUUUACUUGAAUACAAAAUUCUGUCUAGUAGAAGUCUUGUUGAAACCUGUGUUGAGAUCAGGGAGUUGUCUGAGGCCUUGAUGUGACAUUUUGGCUCAGAACUCUUCUGUUUCUUUCUACUUGUAUUAUUGAAAGCUCAUACAAUUCAGAACAUGAAAACAAGCAGUAGUUGCUGUACUUUUGCCUGUCUUUUGAAUACAGCCCUAAUGCCAUUGGACUAAUUCAAAUGAGCUUGCAGACAGAACUUCUCUCUUGUUGAAUAGUUUUUAUCAUCCAGUCAUAUAUUCAGACCCCUACUGUACUUCUGUCUGCUUUUUUCUGAACAUAUAAUGGUUACUCAUUCAUGAUAUGUCACUUUUAUUUAUGGGCUCUGUUUGAAUAUUUAAUUGUAAACCUCUAUGAUUGUAUGUUCCAAAGAUAUCUUCUAGAGUCAUUCAUGGGAAUGUAAAUUCACCACUUCUUUUGUUCAGAAGUGGUAACAAAUGUGAUGGUCUGAGCAGCUUUUCUUUAUCUCUCCCCCGGCUGUUACAGGUAGGCAGCGGGCAGCUUUAUCCUUUCAUUCAAGAAUGUGAGCUAUUUGUUAAAGAAAGAUGUUCCUAUAUUUUUUUAAAUGAUGUGAAUGGGACCUAUCUUGUACUUCCUCUUGAAGUUCUUUCAAAUAAAUUUCUGAAACACGU